GAUUAUCCGGGAGCUCUGGAAGCUUUCGUCGUUUUCCGGAGUUAAGGACUUUGUUUGACGUACAUCAAAAGCGGAAUAAGGCCGUGAGAAGAAUUAGCGCGCUUGCGCGUUUUCGGAGAGCCCAAAUUGAUUGGUGCAGCAGGGAGACCGAGCAAUGGCAGACGGCCUGUGUCAUAGAUGGGAAACGGUGCCGAUGGACGUCGAGGGCGGCGCGUUCGUCGUGGUCGAGGGCGUGCAACGCGAAUACAAAUUGCGGGAGACGUUUUGGCGGCCGUCAGUGCUGUUAGGCUUAGCGUUGGCCACAGGCGUCAUCAUCGCGCUGCUGGUCUACCUGCUCCGCACGUACUGGCCCCUCAUUUUCAUCUGGGCUCCCUUCGUACUCAUAGGAAUUGCGUCCGCCACCGUGACGCGUGUCGAGCGCACCGCGAAGGCGUUCAUGAUUUCGUCCGGCUUAAAUGAUGCCUGGCAGCUCGCCAUCGCGGACGUCGUGCGCGCCGGCAUCGUGACGGCGGGCCCGGGUCGGAGGUUUCGCAUGGAGACGAGCGCCCGGGACAAUUGUUAUGGUACCAAAAAUUACGAGUUCGACCUCGAGGAUGUCGACGCCUUCGUGCAGGAAAACUUCCAGCCGUACGCGAUGGCCGUCCCGCUGCCCGGACCCGUCGCCGCCGCGGCGCAGGCCGCGGAGCCCGUCGUGUAA